GUUUUGUUGUCAAUUAAUAGUAUAUUUUCUGUUUACGAUUAGUAUGAGUAAAAUAUAUCAUCUAAUUAUAACAAAACAAAUGGCCGGUUAUGAAAGGGAACGGACUGUGGAUUUGAGUGAUUUAGAGAGGGAUGAGUUAUCGUGUAGUAUAUGUCAGGACCUACUGAACCGACCGGUGGUCGCCCAGUGUUGCCUUCAGAUGUUCUGUAAGGACUGCAUUCAUAAUUGGCUCGACUCUAGCAAUACCUGUCCUUACGAUCGGAAACCACUAUCGGUUAGAGAGUUAUGCCGUCCACCCAGAAUUGUAUUAAUAGAUGUGAAUCAAUACAAGCAAUUGAUUGAUGAAAACAAUGAACUGAAAACAGAAAGACAGUCACUAUUGCAGAGAAUACAAGACAUCACUCGAAGGGACACUUAUUUGAGAAACCGAUCUUUUACUACUAAUUGUGAGAAUGGAAUAUUAACUCAAUCAACAUCAUUGGGGAAUUGUAUACAAGAGAUACCCGGUUGGAUUCAAAAUGGUUUAGUGUAUCCGCAAAUAAUUGAUAAUAAAAUGAAUGAAGAGAUUACAGACAGAGUGUUAGCCAUAGUUUGCGAUGAAAUAAACCAAGAGAUGAGUGUUUCAUUGGUUUCACAGAAAAUAGUGACAAAUCUGAAUGAAUCGUUGGGUCAUCGGUGGCACUGCACUGUUAUCUACAAAUACGGCACUCGAGCCAUAUUCAUAUAUGAACCGGGAUUCUGGAUUCAAUUGAAGUUUGGGUUACUAUUCUUCAUUAUAUAUAAAACGCAAACAUUCGGUGGAAAACAGUUGAGAAGUGGUGAGCGAUGGAAAGUUCCCUGUAUUCAGAAGUGGACCAAUUAAUGCUAAUAUUAAUGUUAAAUAUUACAUUCUUAUUAAUAACAACAGAACCAGGGUGAAAUGCUAUAGUUUGUAGUAUAGAAUAAAUAGGUAGUAAAGGACAAC